AUGGGGGUGGCGAUGAUCGCAGUGGGGUGGGGGGUCCUUCGUAUGGCGCUGAACUCUUUUGCUAACUUCCCUAAGCGCAUGGUUCAGGCCACUUUCAUGGGCGUUGCGGGCGUCUCGGGAGUGGCAGCGGCAGCUCCACUGUGGUCUGCGUUGUUGAAAAAAGCUCUCAUCACUUGGGUAGUGUGGGAAGUUUCGUGCAUCCUGUGCAUCUUGUGCUGCAUAAUGUUCUGGCACCAGAUCCACCUUCGUUUCGGCGCAGCCGAUCUGAAUGUGGCCGCCCUUGCGGUCAGGUCCAUGCCUGGGACGAUCUACUUGGCCCUCUUUAUGGGCGCCAUGCGGGUGGUCUGGUUCAUGCUCUCGGCCUUGUCUGCGGUGGGCUCCUUCGUGGCAUUUUCACCCGUGGUCGUGAGUGCCGACGGGACCACCUACUCGUUCCUGGGUUGUCAGGACAUUGUCGUCUCCUCCUCGCCCUACGGCGGCGGGGAAGCUACUACCGGUUCGGGCCUCUCGUGCCACUGCGGCGGCGAGGUUAUCUCUAGCGACUCCGGGUGCGAGUUCAGCGGCGGCGGUUUCCAGCGCUGGGUGCUGGGCGUCUUCUGGGUGGGGAGCUUCAUCUGGGGACUCGACGUCCUGCAUGACGUCGUAUUGGCCACGGUGGCCGGGUCCGUGGCUUCUUGGUGGUUCUCCCCCGGAGACACGAACUCCGUGCGCGGCGCCUUCUACCGCGCCACGCACAGCUCAUUCGGGUCCUUGUGCAAGGCUUGUCCGACACAGAUGGCAGAUACGUGGGGGGUCAUAUCAAGGAGUGUCCGGAUAUCAAAUUCGACCGGGCCAAACUCUGCGCACGUGUUUUCAAGCAGAAACUGGAUGUCCUUCAGCAGGAAUCUAGGGGCCGUCUGCCACGCUUACAUCUACGCCAUCUGCUUCAUCGGCAUGUACGGGUUGGACUUCUCGGAAGGUGCGGCGCCGCACCCAAUCUGCCCGUGGGCAGCCCAUGGGUAUCCCAUCGCCUGCCCAUGGGCGCAACCCGGCUCACACUCGUGGUUCGGAGUGUCGUCCCACGUGGAGCACAGAACACUUGGGUUAUGA